UCAUUAAAAUUUUUAAAAUGUCAUUUCGUUUUUUCAUCCGCGCAAAUCAUCAGUUCAUAAUAAAUCAAUUUCAUAAAAAAAAAUUAAAAUAUGAUAAUUAAUAAUGGUAUUUAAACAUGUUAAAUAAUUUCAAUUUUAAUGGAGCAAAAAUUUGCCAUAUUACGCAAUCACAAUAUAACAAUGAUGUUAUAAAAAAAUUUAAAAACAAUUUGAAAAUACCUGUUUGAAAUGUUGGGUGAACGACGAAAUAACUCUAAAUUAAAUCAAGUACAUUUUGUGAUUGCCGGUGCAACCAGUGGAGCAGUGACUCGAGCUGUUUGCCAACCAUUGGACGUAGUAAAGAUCAGAUUUCAAUUGCAAGCUGAACCAAUAUGUUACCAUUCAAUAUCCAAGUAUAAAUCUGUUACCCAAGCUGUAAUAUUAAUUUACAAUGAAGAAGGUGUUAAAGCGUUUUGGAAGGGACACAUACCAGCACAGUUAUUGUCGAUUGUGUAUGGAUGUGCUCAGUUUGGAACCUACGAACUUUUUAUGAAAUCUUUUGGUCCUUUAUUUCAUCAACAGUUUAAACCUGUUAAAAACUUUAUUGGAGGAUCGAUUGCAGGAGGUGUUGCUACCGUGGUAUCAUUUCCUUUUGAUGUAAUUAGAACUCGAUUAAUUGGACAAUGUGAUAAAUUAAGGGCGUAUAGAAGCAUUAUUCACGCAUUUGUCCACAUUUAUAAAAAUGAAAAUUUUAAAGCAUAUUUUAGAGGAUUAACCCCAACCAUUGUACAAGUAGCACCUCACGCUGGAUCUCAAUUUAUGUUUUAUAAACUUUUUGAUAGAGCUUAUAAAAAAGUAGUUGGAAUAGAGGAAACUAGGUAUUCGGCAACAAGUUGCUUAAUUGCUGGAAGUCUUUCUGGAUUUUGUGCGAAACUUGCUAUUUAUCCAUUUGAUUUUGUAAGGAAAAGAAUGCAAGUGCAAGGUUUCCAAAGGUAUAGAAGAAAUUUUGGAAAGGGGUACAGUUAUAAUGGAAUGAUGGACGCUUUUGAGAAAACAAUCAAACAGGAAGGGUUUAACGGUUUAUUUAAAGGACUUACCCCAAGUCUUUUAAAAGCGGUUUUUACAACUGCCCUACAUUUUAGUACAUAUGAGUUUGUUUGUCAAUAUCUCGAAGAAUAUAAUUAGUCUAAGUUUCAAGUUGUUAACAUUAUUUUAUUGCGUUCUACUUUAAAAUAUAGAUUAAAUGGUAUGAAAAGAACUGAAGUGUUACUAAAUACUUUAUUAAAUUCUAUAACAUAUUUACAUCUA